AUGCAUGGAGGAAAAAUACAAAACCCAGCAACAAUUAUUCAGCGAGCGAGAGACGUUUUGGACGAGUUGAAAGAUUCACAAACUCAGCUUUCUGCCUCUGUGUGUACUGAUUCUGUCCAGAAGUGGAGACCACCCAUGGGGUUGGCUUUCAAGCUUACCUUCGAUGCCGCAAUAUUUGCGAACUCGAACUCGUCAGGUGCUGGGGUUAUUAUUCGGAACAGCUUGGGAGUGGUGAUGGCUGGAUUGUCUGCUUGUGGUCCGUCCGUGGCGAGCAGCGAAGAAGCUGAAGUGCUAGCAUGUAGAAAGGCCCUUGAGUUUGCUCUUGACUUGGGGUUCCAGGACCUGGUUGUUGAGGGUGAUAAUAUUACGGUAAUGAGAACCAUGGUAUCCCCACGUCCUAAUAGGUCUAAACUAGGACACAUUUAUGAUGACAUUUGGAUGUUAGCUUCAGGUUUUAGUAGCAUGUUUGUAGAGUGUGUUAAGCGGAGCGCCAACUCUGUUGCACAUUGCUUGGCCCGCUAUGCUAGUCAGGUUGAUGAGGAUAUGGUAUGGGUGGAAAAGUCGCCUCCUCCAGCCCUGCAAGCUUUGUAUUUGGAUUCCAUGUCUCUGAAUGAAUGA